CCACUGCUCUUACACCCGGGUGUACGUUAGAUCCGGGUCCUAGGUGAUCCGAACUCUUCAAAACCCAUAGGCUAGAAAAUAUUUUGCUCUAUUUCUCUGAUAAAGGCAAAAACCUCGGUAAACCCCAGCCACCACCAUGUCCAUGACUUUUCCCACUCUCUCAUAUCCAAAUCCAUCUCUCAAGAUUUCUGCGUUUUCUCGACUCAGAGUCAAUAGCCGUUAUCAAACCGUUCCAUUUUGCUCUUUACCCACUAAAACCCGUUCUUUUAACCCCAAACCAGGUCAAGAUUUUCCUGGCUUUUCCUGGAAAACACUGGGUUUUGUGUUUGAGAGAAAGUUGGCGGUUUGUGCGAGUGCAGGGAAUGCUGGUGUUGAUGAUGAUGAAGCUGAGAGAGCGGCUCGGGGAGAGAGCACUAUGCCUGAGCGUUUCAGGUACUUGACCAAAGAAGCUCCUGACCCACCAGUCAGAUGGCCUUGGUUUGUUGCCCUGGCUUUCCUUGUCUAUGCGUGGAGGGCAGUCUUGUUGGAACUUGCUAACUGGCGAAAGGCUGCACUUGGUAUAAUUUCUUUUGCGGGAUACCUCUUGAAAGUUGCCUUGGCUAUUGUAUUCCACUUCAUUGGCGAUCCCAUAACUUCUCUGAUAAGAUGUGUUGAGACUGCUCUGUACACCAUCCGAUCAUUUUAUUCUGGCAUAGUGGCAUACGCACCUGUUCGAGAGUUGACCAUAAUUAUUUUACUUGCAUCAGCCGUUCUUGCUAUUGCAGAAGCUGUUGUUCCCAACUCUGUAAGUUGCCAACCUCAUCUUCUUACAGUAUCUGGCCUACUUGGCUAUGCAGCUGUAAGUGGUUACAUCUCUGAGCCACUCUUCUGGACCCUUCUGUUGCUGUUGUGUGGUUUCUCACGGUUUGUUAAAAAGAGAGAUGAUGUUUCAUCUGCAUUGCCUGCUGCAGCUGUGCUUGCUGCAGUUGGAGAACCAUGGGUUAGGGUUUUGGUAAUGGCUUCAUAUCUAGCUCUAGCUAUAUCUCAUCAUUCUAAAAAGAUUUUAGAAGAAGAGAAGGAAGAAGUAGAAGUUGUACCAGUACAUAGGAGGCUUCCACUGCCAUUGCUGGGUGUAGCCUUAGCCAUUGGAAUCCGUCUUGCCGCUAACUGGGCUGGGUACCGGCACUUGACAUGGAAGAUAGUCUGAGCAUGAAAGUUGAUUUGUACCUAUUUAGAUACUGAGCAAAUUGCCCUUGUAUGUAUAUUUUGGAGAUUUCAUGUGAGGAGUUGUUGUGGCGGCAAUCAAUCUAAUUUUCUUUCUUGUCA